UAAGUCAACAAAGGUCCCGUGCCAUUAGCGCUGCUCCACUAUUGGCUGCGCAUGGAGGGGCGGGCUGAGGCGAAGAAGGGGAGGGUCUUGAUGCGCGGCGUGGUUGCGCUGUGUGUAUGUGUGAGAGAAGUGCGUGUGUGAUGGUCGUUGACACAAUUACAGCAACUUUCUGGCAGUAAAAAAAAGACCCCAAUGGAAGGAAGUUUAUUCACACUCAGUUUGUCGCUUGCCCUUCCUGUACCCAGGUGUUUAGUUAAGCUCAGGCGCUAUAUUCAAGACGUAGCAUUUUAAGAAAGAAUUUCGUGCAGAAUAAAGGAUAGUGCAGGGCGAACAUAAUCAUCAAUGUAAUUCUAUAUGUACAGAUUCCCCUGGACUUACUCUAGUGCCAUUGUCAGUGCAGGCAGCUUAGCAGUGGUGGCGGGUCUAUUGAUAUAAAGACACAAAAUAAGGCGUUUUAAAGCGCCCAUCGCAGCUAAAGCUGUGUGUGUCCACUCUCAGGCUCAUACUCUCUAUAUACACACAUACACGCACAUUGUGUUGUCGCUGCUGCUGGAGGAGGAGGAGGCGCGGAGGUCGUGCGGUUUGUUAUCCUGCCCCCUCCCCCUCCAUUGCUAGUCCGCCGGGGCUCCCCCCCUCAGCAAAGUCCGCUCUUCUUGCCGUGACUCCCUCGCUGUGCGCUGCGUUUCCAUGAAAUCGUGCGGAGUGUCGCUCUCCGCCGCAGUUGUUGUCGUCGCCGCCGCCUCCCUCGGUGAUGAGAAAAAGAAAAUGGCGGCGGGAAAAGCGAGCGAGACCGAGGAGGACUUCCCCAACCUGACAGCAGAAGAACGAGAAGCACUGGUCGGGCUCGACAGCCGACUUUAUGGAUUUUUAAGGCUUCAUGAAGAUGGCGCCAGAACGAAGGCCUUGCUACUAAAGGCUAUUCGCUGUUAUGAGGCUCUGAUAUUAAAAUCAGAGGGAAAAGUGGAGUCUGAUUUCUUCUGUCAUUUAGGCCAUUUCAACCUGUUGUUGGAAGACUAUCCAAAAGCAUUAUCUGCAUACCAGAGGUACUACAGUUUACAAUCGGACUACUGGAAGAAUGCUGCCUUUCUUUAUGGCCUUGGUUUGGUCUACUUCCAUUACAAUGCAUUUCACUGGGCAAUUAGAGCAUUUCAGGAAGUGCUUUAUGUCGAACCCAGCUUCUGUCGCGCCAAGGAAAUUCAUUUACGACUUGGACUGAUGUUCAAAGUGAAUACUGAUUAUGAGUCAAGUUUAAAGCAUUUUCAGUUGGCUUUGAUUGACUGUAAUCCUUGCAAUUUGUCCAAAACUGAGAUUCAGUUUCACAUUGCUCACUUGUACGAAACACAGAGAAAGUAUCACUCUGCAAAAGAAGCUUAUGAACAGCUUUUGCAAACCGAAAACCUUCCAACUCAAGUUAAAGCUACGGUUUUACAGCAGUUAGGUUGGAUGCAUCACACCGUUGAUCAGCUGGGAGACAAAGCCACAAAGGCAAGCUAUGCUAUUCAGUAUCUACAGAAAUCUUUAGAAGCCGAUCCCAACUCUGGUCAAUCCUGGUAUUUCCUUGGAAGGUGCUAUUCCAGUAUAGGCAAAGUUCAGGAUGCCUUCAUAUCCUAUAGGCAGUCUAUUGAUAAAUCUGAGGCAAGUGCAGAUACUUGGUGUUCUAUAGGUGUUCUCUAUCAGCAGCAGAACCAACCUAUGGAUGCUCUGCAGGCUUACAUAUGUGCUGUUCAGUUGGACCAUGGUCAUGCUGCAGCCUGGAUGGAUUUAGGCACACUAUAUGAAUCCUGCAAUCAGCCUCAGGAUGCUAUCAAAUGCUACCUAAAUGCAACAAGGAGCAAAAACUGCAACAAUACCUCUGCACUUGCAGCAAGAAUCAAAUACUUACAGGCUCAGUUGUGUAACCUUCCACAAGGUAGUCUACAGAAUAAAACUAAAUUGCUUCCUAGUAUUGAGGAGGCAUGGAGCCUACCAAUCCCAGCAGAGCUUACCUCCAGGCAGGGUGCCAUGAACUCAGCACAGCAGGCUUGUAAACCUCAUCAUCAGAAUGCUGAAUCUGUACUAGGCCUCAGUCAAACACCAAUUUCACAGCUGUCCUUGCCAUUACACAUGAUUCCUUCUAGCCAGGUAGAUGAACUGUCAAGUCCUGCCAAGAGGAAAAGAGCAUCUAGUCCAGCAAAGAAUGCUUCUGAAACCUGGAGCAGUGGCCAUUUGAUGUCACAUACUUCAGGACAGCAACAAGUACAUUCGUGGUGUUUGCCACCACACAAAAUACAGCAAUUGGAACAGCUACGAGCAAACAGGAAUAACCUAAAUCCAGCACAAAAAGCAGCGUUGGAGCAGUUGGAGGCUCAAUAUGUCUUAAUGCAACAGCAAAUGAGACAAACAGGAGUUUCACAGGUACGUUCUACUGGAAUUGCUAAUGGGCCAACUGCUGACUCAACACUGCCUACAAACUCACUCUCUGGUCAGCAACAUCAGGUUGCAUUAACCAGGAUGCCUAAUGCCGCUCAGCCUGGAAUCCGUCCGACUUGCCCUGCGCAGCCUGUGGCUAAUGGACCAUUUCCAGUAGGCCAAGUUUCCUGCAGUACCAUAGGGACAGUGGGCAGCACAGACACUAUGUUGAUAGGCAAUAAUCAUAUAACGGGAAAUGGAAGUAAUGGAAAUGUGCCUUACCCGCAGCGAAAUGCACUCGCACUACCUCAUAACCGCACAAACCUGACCAGCAGCGCAGAGGAGCCGUGGAAAAACCAACUAACUAACUCCACUCAGGGGCUUCAUAAAGGUCAGAGUUCACAUUUGGCAGGUCCUAAUUGUGAACGACCUCCUUCUUCCACUGGGCCUUCCCAGCAUCUCCAAGCAGCUGGCACUGGUAUACAAAAUCAGGUUGGACAUCCUACCAUGCCUAGCAAUUCAGUAACACAGGGGGCUGCUCUCAAUCACCUCUCCUCUCACACUGCUACCUCAGGUGGACAACAAGGCAUUAUUUUAACCAAAGAGAGCAAGCCUUCAGGAAAUGGAUCAGUGCCUGAAACAAGCAGGCAUUCUGAGGGGACACCUAACAGCACUGCCGGUGUAGAGGGACUUCCUAAUCAUGUCCAUCAGGUGGUGGCAGACACUGUUCCUAGCCCUAGCCAUGGAGACUCAAAAUCACCAGGUUUACUUAGUUCAGACAAUCCUCAGCUCUCUGCCUUGUUGAUGGUAAAAGCCAAUAACAAUGUAGGUCCUGGAACCUGUGACAAGGUUAACAACGUUCAUCCAGCUGUUCAUACAAAAACUGAGAAUUCUGUUGCCUCCUCUCCAUCUUCAGCCAUUUCCACAGCAACACCUUCUCCAAAAUCUGCCGAACAGACUUUGACCAACAGUGUUGUCAGCCUUAAAAGCCCUCUCAGUGGACUUGACAAAGUAAAUGGUGAGCAAGCGGAGGACUCUCAGAGCCCCACGAAAAAGGACCACCCUUUAACUAGCCACAAAUUAAGUCCCCAGACCAUACCAUCCAUGUCUGUAUCAAUUUACCCUAGCUCAACAGAGGUUUUAAAAGCAUGUAGGAAUCUGGGUAGAAAUGGGUUAUCAAACAGUAGUAUUUUACUGGACAAGUGCCCACCUCCAAGGCCGCCACCACCACCCUAUCCACCUUUACCAACAGAUAAAUUAAAUCCUCCAACACCAAGCAUUUAUUUAGAAAACAAGAGAGAUGCUUUCUUCCCACCACUCCAUCAGUUCUGCACAAAUCCAAACAACCCUGUUACUGUCAUACGUGGCCUUGCUGGAGCUCUUAAAUUAGAUCUAGGACUCUUUUCUACAAAGACAUUAGUAGAAGCGAAUAAUGAACAUAUAGUCGAAGUGAGGACACAGUUAUUACAGCCUGCAGAUGAAAACUGGGACCCCACUGGAACAAAGAAAAUCUGGCGCUGUGAAAGCAGUCGUUCUCAUACCACCAUUGCAAAAUAUGCACAGUAUCAGGCCGCUUCAUUCCAGGAAUCCUUAAGAGAAGAAAAUGAUAAAAAAAUCCAACACAAAGACCACUCCGAUAGUGAAUCCACAUCUUCAGAUAACUCUGGUAGAAGACGAAAAGGCCCUUUCAAAGCCAUUAAAUUUGGGACCAAUAUUGAUUUGUCUGAUGAAAGAAAGUGGAAACUACAACUUCAUGAACUGACAAAACUUCCUGCCUUUGCACGUGUUGUGUCAGCUGGAAAUCUUCUGAGUCACGUUGGUCAUACUAUACUAGGAAUGAACACUGUUCAACUUUACAUGAAGGUUCCAGGCAGUAGGACACCAGGCCAUCAAGAAAACAACAACUUCUGUUCGGUUAAUAUUAAUAUUGGCCCAGGAGAUUGCGAAUGGUUUGUCGUACCUGAAACGUACUGGAGUGUAAUGCAUGACUUCUGUGAAAAGAAUAAUAUAAACUUCCUUUUGGGAUCAUGGUGGCCCAAUCUAGAAGACCUCUAUGAAGCAAAUGUGCCCGUCUACAGGUUUAUCCAAAGGCCUGGUGACUUAGUUUGGAUUAAUGCUGGCACAGUGCACUGGGUUCAAGCAAUUGGUUGGUGCAACAACAUUGCAUGGAAUGUUGGCCCUCUCACAGCCUUCCAGUAUAAACUGGCCGUGGAACGGUAUGAAUGGAAUAAAUUGCAGUGUGUCAAGUCUAUUGUACCAAUGGUUCAUCUCUCUUGGAAUAUGGCAAAGAAUAUCAAAGUUUCUGAUCCAAAGCUUUUUGAAAUGAUUAAAUAUUGCUUAUUGCGGACUUUGAAGCAUUGCCAAGCACUGAGAGAAGUUCUAAUUGCUGCUGGAAUAGAAAUUGUGUGGCAUGGCAGAACAAAAGAAGAACCUGCUCAUUACUGUAGCAUCUGUGAGGUGGAAGUCUUCAAUCUACUUUUUGUGACAAAAGAGAGCAAUUCUCAGAAGACCUAUGUAGUUCAUUGCCAUGACUGCUCAAGAAAAACAUGCCCAAACCUAGAAAAUUUUGUGGUGCUAGAACAGUUCAGAAUGGAGGAGCUGAUGCAGAUCUAUGACCUUUUUACAUUAGCUCCUCCAAUGCCUUCACCAUCAUCUUGACAUUAUUCCGUGGACAGUAAAUGAAAAUAUUUCUGAUAUUCAGGAAGUGACUCAGUUCUGCGCCACUGUUUUGUUUUGCUUUCUUUGGGAGAGAUUUUUCUGUUUUUUUCUGUUUUUUUUUUGUUACAUAGCUAUUCCACAAGGCUCCUGGCUGAAUGCUGCGUCUAUGCAACCUUCCAAGUGCAGAGUGUCAACCAGCUGGACAGGAGAAAUACCUCCUAACCAGGACUUUCCUAUUUAUACUGCUGUUCCAGCUUCUCCUUUAAAAAAUCCAAGUUUUGUAUAUAUCUGACAAAACUGGCAACAUUAUAUAGACUACUGACUUGAAAAUCACUUUCCUUAUCCCUGCAUUGUUGGGCUAAACAUAUUUUCCAUCUUAAACCCCUUUUCCAGAUUUAUUUGCAUUAAGUACUAAUUUAGUUGGCCACCUGACAUGUAGUUAGAAGUUUUAUGUCUUUUGGGCAAUUUUUUAAUGUGAAGAGUAGGAAUUCUUUAUUUUUUUUCCCUUUUUUCAUUUUUUUCUUCUGUUUUUAUGUUUUCUGUCUUGUUUUGGAAACCAUGACGGUUACAAUUUAUGUUUCCUAGAAAAACAAAAUAUUAAAAGAAAAAAAAAACUGUAAAAAGAAUUAACAGCCAAGUCACAAAGAUAAAUGAGUUGCACAUAGACUAAGGAAUAAACUUCAGAUUUGUGAUUUUUGUUUCUAAUCUUGAUGUAAAUUUACACUAUUUAUAAAUACAUAUUUAUUGCUUGAAAAUAUUUGUGAAUGGAAUGCUGUUAUUUUUUUCCAGAUUACCUGCCAUUGAAAUUGAAGGAGUUCUGUCAUUUGAAACAAUACUCCUGUUACAUUUUCUAUGUGUAAAUAAAACUGCUUAGCAUUGUACAGAAACUUUUAUUAAAAUUGUUUAAUGUUUAAAGCGUUUUCCUGUUUGAGUUUUACCCAAAUCUAUGUACAGUAAUUACUCUUUAAUUCAUGUGCAAACCUAAAUUGCAUCUAUAUUUAUAUAUACACUUUGUGUGUGUGUAUAUAUGUAUAUAAGAAUCAACUAUUGUGUUGGGUGGGGAAAUACAAUUUCUAUAAGGUCUAUAUCACUAGUAGAUAUGAGGUGUCUACUGUAAGUAUUGCUUACAAAACCUUUUUCUUUUUUUAAAUAUAUAGUACGUGAUCAUGAUCUGCGGUGUCCUUCGGAUUUGUUUUAUCCUUUAUUAUGUUCAAUGGUAAUUAUGCAAUAAAACAAAAAUAAUUUGUUAUGC